CCCAACCCAGCCCAGCCCAGACCAGCCCAUCUCCAUUCCAUCAAACUUGAUCGCACGGCACCGUCGCUCCCAUCGCCAUCGUCGAUCUCGAUUCCCCACAGCAGUGGCCACUGGCGUGCGGCGGGCGGCGACGAGUCCAAGGAUGCCACAGGUCCAAGGCUCACGGGCACCACCAUGGUCGGACCUCCCAGCAGAGCUCCUUGGCCUCGUGUUCCUCCGCCUCCCCACCCGUGCUGAUCGGGCCUUCUUUCAUGCCGUUUGCCGCACGUGGUGCUCCGCGGCGCAUCGGUGCCGCCUGCCCCCACCAUCGCAGGUGCCGUGGCUUUUGCUUCCUGACGGCAGCGCCACCAGCUUCCCACAUGGCGAGACCUUCCAGUUGCCAGACGACAUGCACUUCCACAAAUCUUGUGGUGAAUGGCUUCUCCUGUCACGCAAUGAUGGCACCUACUUCCUGAUGAACCACUUCACCAAGGCCACUAUGCCCCUCCCUAGCCUGUCUUCGCGCCGCUACUGCAAAGAGCCUGUGGAAGUCACCGAAGAUUAUAUGGUCCAACACUUUUAUGAGAGGCAGCGCGCCUGUUCGUACAGCAUGAUAGGUGGGAUAUCUGUAGUCUCCCUGGCUGUGUGCUCCACACGCCUCAUCGCUGCCAUAGUCGCUGUUGGGUCUUUCCGUAGAAUUUCUCUAUGCCGACCAGGGGCUGGUGCAUGGUCAGUGAGCAGAGAUGUGGAGUGCAGCCAGCUCUCAGAUAUGGUCUUCUUGCAAGGGAAGAUAUAUGCUCUUGAUCGCACCGCUGGCACUAUGGAUCUUAUAGCAAUAGACAUUGUGGAUGAAUAUGACAAUGAGCCAAGGGUGUCUCGGAUUAAGCGCCUCAUUGAGGGAAUCUCAUUGUCAAACCAACAACAGCCUUAUCUCCUCGAAUCUCAUGGCACACUGCUAAUGAUCUACAAAAAAGUUUCCGACAAAAUAGGGCGUGGACCUGGAAUUCCUGCGACUGGUAGUAGUAAGUUUGUGGUGUUCAAGGCUGAUCUUGAGCGGCACUUGUGGGCUGAGAUGAGUACUUUGGGAAAUGAUCAAGCGUUGUUCCUUGGGCGAGGGUGCUCCAGAGUUGUCCGUGUGUCUCCCUAUGACCUUUCACGGGACUGUAUCUUCUACCUAUAUGAUUCCAUCAACUGGGUUGGGAAUCUGAAAAAAGCAGCUAGAUCUUGUGAAUUGUAUGACAUGAAAGAUGGGAAGAUCUAUUCGCCCUUGCCUUCGAUAUCAUGGGAGAGUAGAAAAGUCCUCGCAACCUGGAUAUUCUCACAGGAUGAGACAGAUAAAGCUGCAAGCAGCAGGUCACAAGAAAUUGUGGAACCUGAGGUGGAUCCUCUGAUGCUUAUGUGUCGAGGGACUUGUUCUGCUGAUGCCUCUCCUACUCCACACUGACCGUAGCUAAUAAAAAAGGUGAAAGAGUUGGUCACCUAGCUAGCCAUGUGGUCCUACAAACGCAAAAAAUGGCUCUGGUAUGUUCGGAUGUGUUGAUUUGGAUGUCUCUAGCUAGUAGUACCUGCAUGAAAACAAUUACCGUCCUGUUGCCUGAUAUGGUGUUGCUUCAAACACCCGUUCCAAUUUGGAAUACUUUCAACGUUUGGUACGAGUGAUUGCUUGAACAGUUUGUUUCUAUGUAAUGCUUGUGUGGUUGUGUCCCAGUUUCUGAAUCCUGGUUGAUUUGUCGAGGAUUGAUUUGUGUGGUUCAGACA